GACGCGCUAUUGAUAGCGCCCGUUGCAGCCAUGUACAACUGGGCCGACCCGCGCCGGAACUCGUCGAUCUCGGUCAAGAUGAUGGAGAAGGCUGAGGCGGCGCGGAAGCAGCGCCUCACCAAGGUCCGGCCCACGGUCUCCAACCACCUGCAUCCGGCGGUCGAGAAGAAGCUGCCGAAGAAACAUGAAAAGCUGACGGCCGCCGAGCUCUACAUGGGCACGCUCGGCGACUCCAACCAGGAGGAGAGCCCCUUCUCAGUGCACAACGUCGUGGCCACCGAGAGCUCGUUCCAUCCCGAGUCGACGAUUGAAGCCUUCCAAGGCCUCAAGAAGGCCAAGCCGCACGGCGACGAAGACCCGGCGUGGAGCGAUCUCAAGCCCCAAAGCCGGUUGACCAAGUCCCGCGUCAAGAGCGAAGACAAGCUGCCGUCGUUGCAAAAAGCCUCGCAUCCUCACGCGAGCAAAGCCCGGACGUUGGCGACGACGCGGAGCGACCCCGAGAUCUCCAACAGCCGCCGGCCGAACCAAGAACCGUCCCUUGAUGCCUUGGAUAUGUACGACGACGGGGAUGACGAGCUUGAUGACGACGACGACGCGACCGAAGAGCACCCGUGCACGGAGGCCGCUGCGGUCGUCGCCGGUCCCGUGCCCAAGCUCGACUUGAAGCCACUCUCACGCAGGUCGGAGCGCAAGGACGACGCCAAGCCCAAACUGGACAAGAAACUCAAAGCCAAAAAGGAGGGAGGAGCGAGUCUGAAGGCCCGCGGCACAUCCCUCGCCCAGCUCAAGGACGAGCACCGUGCGGCACUCGAGCUGCUCAAGGAACUCGGCGGCGCGUACCCGUCGGACGAGAAGGACCCACCGCUCUCGUCGCGCUUUGGAGCAAAACUGCGCUCGACCGUGCACAGCAGCCGCGAUGUCGAGACACACGAGACUGUCAAGGACGUCCCAUCCUCAUCCUCGUCCGCGCCAAGCACCAGUCGGUGGACCGACGACGCGAAGGGCGACGGUCGUCACCACUACACGAACGAAGCGGAGGAUGAGGAGGAAGUGCCGGAAACAUGUGGCGGCGAUGACGCGCCGACACCUGAGAAAGGGUCCGAGUUUUCGUACGGCAGUGAAGAGUUCGAGACCGACUAACGCCCUUUCAAUCCAUACGAGUAUGCAUCUGCGCUUUCUUAAUCCGCAAUCGCAGCCUUGAGCAGCUUGCGAC